UCCCCGGGCUCCCGGAAGUGGAGCCCGGGGGGGGCGUCUCCGACCUUCGAGCGGGGGCGAGCAGACGGGCUGGUUCCGGGAGACGCCGGGAGCGAGGACCCCGAUGCCGGCCAGCGGAGCCCGCGAUGGCUUCCGCUGGAGGCGGCGACUGCGAGGGCGCCGCGCCGGAGGCGGACCGCCCUCACCAGCGGCCCUUCCUGAUCGGGGUGAGCGGCGGCACCGCGAGCGGGAAGUCCACUGUGUGUGAGAAGAUCAUGGAGCUGCUGGGCCAGAACGAAGUGGACCACCGGCAGCGGAAGCUGGUCAUCCUGAGCCAAGAUAGGUUCUACAAGGUCCUGACUGCAGAGCAGAAAGCCAAGGCAUUGAAGGGCCAGUACAAUUUCGACCACCCAGAUGCUUUUGAUAACGAUUUGAUGCACAGGACUCUGAAAAACAUCGUGGAGGGCAAAACCGUCGAGGUCCCAACCUAUGAUUUUGUGACCCACUCCAGGUUACCGGAGACCACGGUGGUCUACCCUGCAGAUGUGGUCCUGUUUGAGGGCAUCUUGGUGUUCUACAGCCAGGAGGUCCGCGACAUGUUUCACCUGCGCCUCUUCGUGGACACGGACUCCGACGUCAGGCUGUCGCGAAGAGUUCUCCGGGACGUGCACCGCGGGAGGGAUCUGGAGCAGAUUCUGACCCAGUACACCACCUUCGUGAAGCCGGCCUUCGAGGAGUUCUGCCUGCCGGCACCUCUGGUCUCACACUCCCUGCUUUGCCGGCCCCUCUCAGAACGGGAAACGCCACGAAGGCAGGGACUUGUUUGCUCGCGGCCCAAACGGACACAGACGAAGAAGUAUGCCGACGUGAUCAUCCCCCGAGGGGUGGACAACAUGGUGGCCAUCAACCUGAUUGUGCAGCACAUCCAGGACAUCCUGAGCGGCGACAUCUGCAAGUGGCACCGAGGGUCCAAUGGGCGGAGCUACAAGAGGACGUUUCCCGAGCCGGGAGACCAUCCCGCGGUGCUGACCUCCGGCAAGCGAUCGCACUUGGAGUCCAGCAGCAGACCCCACUGAGCGGCGGGGUGCCCGGCCUCCCGGGCGGCCCCCCCCUCCCGCCCCGACAGACCGUUCCGGCCGUGUCCGGAGAUGCCUGCCCCCCCCCCCCCCCCGCCCCCGUGGACGCAGCUGCUGCUUCCUCUCUGCGUCUCACGGUACAGACGGGGGGUGGGGGUGGGGGUGGGGGUGGAGCGCGAGGAUCACGGGGUUCCUCCCUGUUGCGGGCAGACCUGCACCUGUGACACGCAGCCCCCCGGGAUGGCGGCAGGCCCUCCUGCUGCCUUCACCUGCUUCCUCACGUUCAGGAAGCUUCGAGUCCAUCUUUAAGUUACUGAGAAGCGUGCCACAGAACGUGUGGCGAGCAAGUCACGUUAUUUCGGGAGCAUUGAGCAGCCCGCCUGGACGCCGUGGCUGUCCCGGUGUGUUCGACGGGAACCCACAGCGUGAAGGACUUUGUCCAGGACGAUGUGGUUCCCACACAACGUGUGACCGAAACAUAGGUUUGGAGAGGGAGCGUUUCCCCUUUUUACGUGUUACACGUGCGCGUGUUUUGUUUCGUUGUUAUUUAUUCUACCGUUAGUUGUGACCUAGUGACGGAGUCUCGUGCCCCGCAGUGGGAUGCGACCCGGUCUGGCACGCACGGAUGUAGGAGCCACCGAGGGGUCUCCUUCCUCCUGGCCCGUGCGCCAAGGGCAGAGUCGAGGAAGGAGCCCCGGGAACAAGCUUUCGUUAGCCAGCCUCGGCGGCAGGGGACGGGCCCCGCUCCCCCGGCCCGAGCCCCAUCCCCGGCCCUGCGGGUGGGGACAGGAGGCAGGCUGGCGCCCGCCGUGUCCACACACGGUCCUACUCGGGGUCAGGCCUCCCCCGCGUGCUCUGCGGACAGGCCUUCCCGAGUCGGGCGCACCGUCCAAAGGCAGCCCGUCUCCCUGCACACACCUCGAGUCCGCGGCCGCACAGACGAUGCCCGGGCUCCACGUCCUGCUUUGUCUUCCCUCCCCAGUGGCCCCGUUCCUGUAAAAGCGACGCUUUGCCGUUGCCACCGGCCAAACCGCACGGGCGCUUCUGGCUUCCUUCUAGCGAGUACUGUGUGUAGUGACACGGAUGGGACCUCAGUUGGGCUUGGCCGAGCUCCGUGGCUGCUCUCUGAGGUGUGUGUGACAGUCUUGUCCAGGUUAUUUUCUCCCCUUCUGGAGACAGAAUCAAUAAAUAACACCAGUUACCAAUA